AUGCCGCUCAACAUCCAGGAGCAGCAAAAAAGCAGCGCCAUCAGCAUGCUGAACCUGAACGAGUACAACGACAACCUUAGCAGCAGUGGAAAUAUCCUGUACUAUUCCCACGACAAAAUAUGGAAAAUAUUAAUAUACGACUCGGAGGGACAGAACAUCCUUGCCCCGUUACUGAAGGUGGGGAAUCUAAGGCACCACGGAGUAACCCUAAAUUUGAAUCUACACAGACAGAGAAGCACCAUCCCUGAAGUCAAUGCAGUCUAUCUCGUAGAUAACAAUAAAGAAAACAUCGACCAAAUUGUAAAGGACAUGUGUAAUAAUAUGUAUGGAAGUUACUACAUCAAUUUCAUAUCCUACGUGUGCGAAGAAAAUUUAGGGUACUUUGCAAACGAGUGUGUAAAAAAUAACGUAGCGUCUCAUGUGUCCAAAAUUACAGAUAGGUAUUUAAAAUUUGUUAGCUUAUCUAGCAGCACCUUCUCUUUGAAUAUUCCAAAUUGUUUCAAAAUUCUACAUGCAAAUGAGGAUCAUGUGAUUCAAGAUGUGAUGAACAGGAUAACUGAAGGGCUGAUUUCUUUUCUGGUCACUUUGGGGAUUAUUCCCAUCAUUAGGGUUUCUUCUAAUUCGUCGUACCCUUCCAAAACUAUUGCGGAGAAGUUACACAGGAAAAUUUACGAGCUGGUUAACUUAAGGUCUACAAAUAAUUACAUUUUUAACUCCAAGACGGUGCAGAGACCCGUGUUGAUUUUGGUCGAUAGGGAAGUCGAUUUGAGUGUCAUGGUACAGCACGCGUGGACUUACCAGGCACUAAUUCAUGACGUCUUUGAUAUAAAACUCAACAAGAACUACGACAUAGACAAUGGAGACUCCUUCUUCUCCUCCAACUGUAAUAAACCCUUCCCCGAAGUUGCCAAUAACAUCAGUGAGUGUCUAAAUGAGUACAACGAAAAGAUGAAAAAUUUGAACAAAAAUGACAAGGGGGGAAGCCUCUCUGGGGGAGGUGGUGUAGGUAACACUGUCGGAGGGGAUAACAUUACAGGAGGACUCAUGUCAGCAAUGAAUAUACUCCCAGAAAUGACAGAACAUAAGAGGUUGUUAGAUAUGCACACAAAUAUACUCACGGAAUUGAUAAAAAAUAUUAAGGACAGAGAAUUGGACAAAUAUUAUGAAAAUGAGUUUGAUUUUGAAAGUUGUAAUGAAAAAAUUUGCAUACAACACAUGAAGGAUAUUCUUAACUCACCAAAAGGAACCCCCACGGAUAAGUAUAGAGCUUUUUUAUGCUUAUAUUUGGCCAAAAAAAAUAUGAACAAACAGGUACUGGAUACAUUUAUACAGGAAUUAAAAAAUAUGAACAUAGACAUUUCAGCCAUUUAUUUUAUAAAUCAGAUGGAGAAAUUAAAAACGAUGAAUAUACAUAUUCAUGUGAGUACCCCCCUGACCCACUCGAACAGUGGCACCACAACAACUUUUAAGGAUCAACUGAAUACGUAUAGUAAUAUCUUCAUUGAUAAAGGCAUUAACAUAUUACAGGGGGCUAAAAGUUUGUUGCCAAAAAGAAGGGAAAUAAAAAUUACCAAGUUGGUUGAAACGCUUAUUGAAAAUAAACCUUCGUCUUUGAACGAUCAGUUUGUAUACAUCGACCCGAAGACCCCUCCAAGUGAUAACACCACUGGAAGUAUCCAUGUCGAAAGGAAUUACAUCAAACAGGAUCAUGUAAAGGACUACAUCAUCUUUGUUAUUGGGGGGGGGAACUACAUCGAAGUUUCCGCAUUGAAAGACUUGGAGGAAAAAAUGAACAAAAAAAUUAUUUACGGCACUACUGAUUUUGUUCGUCCGGAGAAUUUUGUCCAGGAGCUCAACGAGAUAGGUCACGCCUUCUCACGGUGA